AUGCGGGGGGCGGCGGGGGGCGCGCGGGCCGCGGCGCUGGCGCUGGCGCUGCUGCUGGGGGCGCUGCGCGGGGCGCCGGCGCGCGGGCAGGAGUACGACUACUACGGCUGGCAGGCGGAGCCGCUGCACGGGCGCUCCUACUCCAAGCCCCCCAAGUGCCUGGACAUCCCCGCCGACCUGCCGCUCUGCCACACCGUGGGCUACAAGCGCAUGCGGCUGCCCAACCUGCUGGAGCACGAGAGCCUGGCCGAGGUGAAGCAGCAGGCGAGCAGCUGGCUGCCGCUGCUGGCCAAGCGCUGCCACUCGGACACGCAGGUCUUCCUCUGCUCGCUCUUCGCGCCCGUCUGCCUGGACCAGCCCAUCUACCCGUGCCGCUCGCUGUGCGAGGCCGUGCGCGCCGGCUGCGCGCCGCUCAUGGAGGCCUACGGCUUCCCCUGGCCCGAGAUGCUGCACUGCCACAAGUUCCCCCUGGACAACGACCUGUGCAUCGCCGUGCAGUUCGGCCACCUGCCCGCCACCGCGCCUCCAGUGACCAAGAUCUGCGCCCAGUGCGAGAUGGAGCACAACGCGGACGGCCUCAUGGAGCAGAUGUGCUCCAGUGACUUCGUGGUCAAAAUGCGCAUCAAGGAGAUCAAGGUGGAGAAUGGGGACCGGAAGCUGAUCGCAGCCCAGAAGAAGAAGAAGCUGCUCAAGCCGGGGCCCCUGAAGCGCAAGGACACCAAGCGGCUGGUCCUGCACAUGAAGAGCGGGGCGGGCUGCCCCUGCCCGCAGCUGGACAGCCUGGCCGGCAGCUUCCUGGUCAUGGGCCGCAAGGUGGACGGGCAGCUGCUGCUCAUGGCCGUCUACCGCUGGGACAAGAAGAACAAGGAGAUGAAGUUCGCAGUCAAGUUCAUGUUCUCCUACCCCUGCUCCCUCUACUACCCCUUUUUCUACGGGGCCGGUGAGCCCCACUGA